CCGCCCCCAGGGAUCGCUUUACUGUUGAGCCCUGCUGGAAGAAAUCGGGCCCUAAGUGUGGUCUCAGCUGUCAAGUGUGAGGAGCCUGGAAAGUGGUUUGAAAACCAAGUUCUGCGCAUUAGUAUCCAUCCCCCCCAACUGAUGAUGACACUUCAUUUGUGCUUAAAGAGGACCACUUCACCUUCAUUGGAUACAGCCUUACUUCAGCUGUUAAUCAAGGCAGCAUGUCAGCUGAAACACCAAUCACGCUGAAUAUUGAUCCUCAGGAUCUGCAGGUCCAAACAUUCACUGUAGAGAAGCUACUGGAACCUCUCAUAAUCCAGGUUACUACACUUGUAAAUUGUCCCCAGAAUCCUUCUAACAGGAAAAAAGGACGUUCAAAAAGAGCCAGAGUCCUUCUAGCUUCUGUGGAGGAAGCGACUUGGAAUUUAUUAGACAAGGGAGAGAAGAUUGCCCAGGAAGCCACAGUUUUAAAGGAAGAGCUUACUACUGUACUUGAGGAAGUACGCAAAGAAAGUGAAGCUCUGAAAGUAUCAGCUGAGAGAUUUGCAGAUGACCCCUGUUAUCUCCCAAAAAGGGAGGCUGUGGUUCAGGCUGCCCGUGCCUUGUUGGCUGCAGUUACCAGACUCCUUAUCCUCGCAGACAUGAUUGAUGUCAUGUGUCUCUUACAGCACGUGUCAGCUUUUCAAAGAACAUUUGAGUCUCUUAAAAACGUUUCCAAUAAAUCUGACCUCCAGAAAACCUACCAGAAGCUUGGGAAGGAGCUGGAAAAUCUGGAUUAUUUAGCCUUCAAACGUCAGCAGGACUUAAAAUCUCCAAAUCAGAGGGAUGAAAUCGCAGGGGCCCGGGCCUCUCUGAAGGAAAACUCCCCGCUCUUGCAUUCAAUUUGUUCAGCUUGUUUGGAACAUUCUGAUGUUGCUUCCCUUAAAGCCAGCAAGGACACAGUUUGUGAAGAAAUUCACAAUGCCCUCAAUGUAAUUUCAAAUGCUUCACAAGGCAUCCAGAAUACGAUUGCCCCACCGGAAUCUAAGGCAGCCACCCUGGGAAGUGCCCUUGAUGAGCUUGAGAAUUUAAUUAUCUUGGAUCCACUCACAGUGACUGAGGAAGAAAUAAGACCAUCACUAGAAAAACGUCUUGAAGCCAUUAUCAGUGGGGCUGCACUGUUGGCUGACUCUUCCUGCACAAGAGAUUUCCAUCGGGAACGGAUUAUCGCAGAAUGCAAUGCCAUUCGUCAGGCUCUCCAGGACCUGCUUUCAGAGUACAUGAACAAUACUGGAAAAAAGGAAAGGAGUAAUACCCUGAAUAUUGCAAUAGACAAUAUGUGCAAGAAGACAAGAGACCUUCGCAGACAGCUCCGUAAGGCUAUUAUAGAUCAUGUGUCAGACUCCUUUUUGGAUACAACGGUCCCACUUUUGGUUCUCAUUGAAGCUGCCAAGAAUGGCCGGGAAAAGGAAAUAAAAGAAUAUGCUUCGAUAUUUCGUGAGCACACCAGCAGGCUUAUAGAGGUGGCAAAUCUUGCUUGUUCCAUGUCAACAAAUGAAGAUGGGAUUAAAAUUGUUAAAGUUGCGGCAAAUCACCUGGAAACCUUGUGUCCACAGAUCAUUAAUGCUGCACUUGCUUUGGCUGCAAGACCCAAAAGUCAAGUGGUCAAAAAAAACAUGGAAAUGUACAAGCACACAUGGGAGAAUCAUAUCCAUGUCCUCACCGAAGCUGUAGAUGACAUCACAAGCAUUGAUGACUUCCUCGCUGUAUCUGAGAGCCAUAUCCUAGAAGAUGUCAACAAAUGUAUCAUAGCCUUGAGAGACCAGGAUGCUGAUAACUUAGACCGUGCUGCAGGUGCCAUCAGAGGACGGGCAGCAAGACUUGCUCAUAUUGUCACAGGUGAAAUGGACAGUUAUGAGCCAGGAGCUUACACUGAAGGUGUGAUGAGAAAUGUUAACUUCCUUACAAGUACUGCAAUUCCUGAGUUUGUAACACAAGUGAAUGUUGCCUUGGAAGCCUUAAGUAAAAACUCUUUGGAUGUAUUUGAUGAUGAUCAAUUUGUGGACAUCUCAAAGAAGAUCUAUGAUACAAUCCACGAUAUCAGAUGUUCAGUCAUGAUGAUUCGGACCCCAGAGGAACUGGAGGAUGUUUCUGACUUGGAAGAAGAACAUGAGGUGCGCAGUCACACCAGCAUUCAGACUGAAGGGAAAACUGACCGGGCUAAGAUGACUCAGUUGCCUGAGUCAGAAAAGGAAAAGAUUGCUGAGCAAGUUGCUGAUUUCAAGAAAGUAAAGAGUAAACUGGAUGCUGAGAUUGAAAUAUGGGAUGAUACAAGCAAUGAUAUCAUUGUUCUGGCUAAGAAGAUGUGUAUGAUUAUGAUGGAGAUGACAGACUUCACAAGGGGCAAAGGACCACUAAAACAUACAACUGAUGUGAUUUAUGCCGCUAAAAUGAUAUCAGAAUCAGGGUCAAGGAUGGAUGUCCUUGCUCGGCAGAUUGCCAACCAGUGUCCAGAUCCAUCAUGCAAACAAGAUUUGUUGGCCUACUUGGAACAGAUUAAGUUUUACUCUCACCAACUGAAAAUCUGCAGUCAAGUUAAAGCUGAAAUCCAGAACUUAGGAGGAGAGCUCAUCAUGUCAGCUUUGGACAGCGUCACCUCCCUGAUCCAAGCGGCCAAAAAUUUAAUGAAUGCUGUAGUGCAAACAGUGAAAAUGUCUUACAUUGCCUCAACCAAGAUCAUCCGAAUUCAGAGUCCUACUGGGCCUCGGCACCCAGUUGUGAUGUGGAGAAUGAAGGCUCCUGCAAAAAAGCCCUUGAUUAAAAGAGAGAAGCCAGAGGAAACUUGUGCAGCUGUCAGACGAGGCUCAGCAAAGAAAAAAAUCCACCCAGUGCAAGUCAUGAGUGAAUUUAGAGGAAGACAUGUCUACUGAAACCACUCUUCUACUCUGGUGUCCAUAUUACAAAG